UCGGUUCUUCAGUGUACGUUCAACGUUGCCUGGUACAAUAUCGUUCUAGUGAGAGUAGGUGGAAGUGACCGAGUACUAUUUAAAUAAGGACAUUUUUUUCAUCUUUAAAAUAAAAAAUGAAGAGUGAAAUUUGUGUUUUGGCUCUAGCACUCUUCGGAUGUGUCAGUGCGCAACAGUUGAAGGGAAACCAGGAAGAUCCGUGCAAGACCAAGUCCAGGGUUGUGGGCGAUGAAACGUACUGUGACAGAUACUGGGAAUGCGUAAAUGGACAGCCCGAAUUGUACGAUUGUCCGAACGGUUUGGUGUAUGCCGGUAAAAAUAGGGGAGUGACGGAGGGAUGCGAUUAUCCUUGGAGGUCAAACUACUGUGAUGGAAAGCAACAAGCCAAUGCCCCAAUUGGAACCGAGCACUGCGACUGGUUGUACGGCAUCUUCGGACACGAGACUUCUUGCACAAGAUAUUGGACAUGCUGGAACGGCACCGCUACAGAACAGCUGUGCAUCGGUGGACUUCUGUACAACGAACGCACCCACUCCUGUGACUGGCCCGAGAAUGUAGACGGAUGCCAAAAACAUCCUCUCUGCAACGAUGAUCCAAACGGCAAUGUUCCGUUGGGUAAAUCCUGCAACAGAUACUGGCAAUGCCAAGGGGGAUACCCACGCCUCCAAAGGUGCCCAGCCAUGCUGGUGUUCGACCGCAGAUCGCUCAGGUGCGUGGUACCACCAACCGAGGAUUGCGACGUACCAAGCACAAUCCCACCACCUCUGGCUGAAGAUGACGACGAACAGAACAUUCCACAGAACAACCCCAAGAAUAGACAACAGGGAGGUGGAGACUUCCCCAAUCUUCCACCCGGAGCAAUUCCAGUGCCCACCAAGAACAACAGGCCUAGAAAUUAAAUUCGUGUAGGUUUAAGAAUUGGAGAACGAUCACGUUCUAAUAAACAGGGUGACACUAAAGUGUCGUGUGUGUCGGCAUAAAUAACAACAUUUAAAAAUCCAUAAUCAAAACUGUAGUAUUAGGCUCAGUUAUUUAAAUCACGCGUAAUUUUGCUGAUUUACGCAAUACAUACGGUGCAAAAAUCCAUUUAGUAGUUCGAUUCAUUUUUGCACCGUAUAAAAGGUCACCACACCCUGUAAUUUUAAAAUACACAUGGAAUUAGAGACAUUUGUAUUUUCAUACCAAAAAACCCAAUACAAUUUUAAAUUUUCCCUAGGAUAGAUUUUCACAGCAAUGCGAAUUAUGCAAUAAAACUUAAUUUAUUUCACAUGUAAUAAAAUAAAAUUAUGUCUAGUGUUUAUAAAUUUCACUUUCACUCUCUUGACUGUUCUUCGUUGGUUCGUGCCUUUCUCUGUACCACUAAAACGGUUUCUGCUAGUGCCAGUAUUUUUUAAUUUCUGAUAUUUCUGUCGUUUACUUUGUUAUGCAAUGCGGAUACGUAAUUGUUCUGUAUAAAAUAUUAUGUGUAAGUGUAAAAUAUGGUACGAUAAAAUAAAUAUAUUUUACUUAA